AUGCAGCGAACGUCUUCGAACGCAUCAGAAGGCAACUUCUGGACCACUAUCGAGCUAUUAGCAGGACGCGGUAGGCGAACAUCGACUGGUGAUUAUGAAGAAUCAUACCUAUUGGAAUCUUCAAAUACCGAGUCUCCUAGAACAAAAUCGUCACUCAGUUUCACCCACCCUCAUGUCCGGGCUCGUCUUGAAAAGCAUAUGGGAACAAAUCUGGUACGGCUUACCGACAAGACCUUCAUGACGGAGUUGGAGGAGCGAAUCCGCGCUGUAAAUGAGGAGAAUCUGAAUAAAAGGAUCUCCUCCAGAGUUCUUGAUGAAAUGGAGAGAUUGAAACGACUCAUUCUGGUAGGAAAAACACCAUUGAAAGAAUGUCCACCAGAACUCUUCAAUCAUCCUGUGUUCGUAUUCUGGAGGAUGGUGAACAAAGAAGUUGCAAGAGCAACAAAAAAACGGGCAGAUGCCUACUAUAGAAAGUUAAAAGCCUCGCAGAAAUUCGACCAGACGGUAGACGAAGAAGCAGAAACGGAAGCAGUGACUGAAGAAACUGAACAGCUAUCACCUGAACAACUCCUUAAUAAAUGUGCAGAAGAAAUAGAGGAAUUGAAACGGGCAGAUAUAGAAAAAGGCGUUCGUUUUACAGAUGAACAAUUCGCAGUUCUUAAAUACGAAACCAAUGACGUGAAAACACUUAAAAGUCUAACGACGGUGGAGGAACUCUAUGCACUUGCUGACAAAAUUAUUGGAACGAAACGUCUA